AUGGAGUUUGUAGUGGGUGCUUCGGAAGCCACCAUGAGAUCUCUCCUAGGCAAGUUGGGCGGUCUCCUUGCCCAAGAGUACACUCUGAUCCGCAGCGUCUGCGGCGACAUCCAGUACAUCAGCGACGAGCUCGCCAGCAUGCAAGCCUUUCUUGGCGACCUCGGCUCUGCCCUGGAUGACCAUGAUCGCCGGCUCAAGAACUGGAUGAAGCAGAUUCGUGACAUGGCAUAUGACAUGGAAGACUGCAUCGAUGACUUUGCUCAUCGCCUCCCUCAGGACUCUCUCAGCGAUGCAAGAUGCUCCUUCAUCGUGACGAUAGUCUACGAGAUGUGGACGUUCUGGCCUCACCGUGACAUUGCCUCCAAGAUUGCCGAGCUCAAGGUCCGGGCACAGUACAUUGCUGAGUGGCGCAGCAGAUAUGGAGUGAACAACCCAAACCCAAGAACAAGCUCCGGAGCCGGAGCAACCCAUGCUAUUACGUAUGGCAUUGCUGAGCAUUUGGUGGCGAGCCGUCAGCUCAUCCGCACAGAGAACCCCGUGGGAGUGAAGGUGGACAUGAAGAAGCUCGGAGGUUGGCUAGCCAAACAUGAUAAAGGCUCUCAUCGAGCUGUUGUGUCACUGAUUGGAUUUGGUGGUGUGGGAAAGACCACCAUUGCCAUGGCACUGUACCAAGAUUUCUGGAAUGAAUUUGACUGUUGGGCAUCAGUCACAAUGUCUCAGAACUUUGAUGAAGAUGAAGUCCUAAGGGAUGUUCUUGGGCAAAUCAAGCCAGCAGACAGUCAAAUCAAGACAAAGGAGGAGGUACAUGAGGGCAGCAACGCAGGGAAGAUGGAGAAGAAGAGCCUAGUGACAUGUAUUAAAAGCUCAGUUAAGCGAGUUGUGCCACUGCUCUCUGGUCACAGGCUGCAAAGCAAUGAUGGCAGCAUGCAGAAUAAGAUAGAAACAAUGAAUCAUGACCAGCUUAUUGAAGAACUCAAAAAGCGCCUGCUUGGAAGGAGGUAUCUCCUCUUGAUUGAUGAUAUAUGGUCUGUACAAACAUGGGAGACCAUUAGAAAUUGGUUGCCACAUGAUAAUAAUAAGGAUAGUAGAGUAAUAGUAACUACAAGAUUUCAAGCUGUUGGUGCGGCUUGCUCAGAAGGAGAUGGAACUAAUUAUCUGCAUACAGUUAAUGCCCUAAGUGAUGCCGACUCCAAAAGUCUAUUUCAUCAGGGUGUUUCUGAAUCCCCAAGCAGCCAAGAAAGCGAAAGAGUCCAUGAGGAGAUAUGGAAAUAUUGUGGGGGGCUGCCUUUGGCCAUAGUCACCAUGGCUGGCCUUGUGGCUUGCAACCCAACAAAAAACAAUGAUCAUUGGAGUAAAUUUUGCAAGUCAUUAUUUCCGGAGCAGGUGGCUCCCCUUACAUUGGAGGGGGUCACAAGGAUACUUGAUUAUUGCUAUAAUGACUUGCCAGCAGAUCUCAAGACCUGCUCAUUGUAUCUGAGCAUAUUCCCCAAGGGCUCGAAAGUUAGUAAGAAGCGUCUGACCCAGCGAUGGAUAUCAGAAUGUUUCGUCGCUGAGAAGCAAGGGCUGAGUGCAGAGGAAGUGGCAGAAACAUACUUCAAUCAGCUUGUAAGCAGGAAGAUAAUACGCCCUGUGGAUCACAGCAGCAACGGGAAGGUAAAAUCCUUUAAAGUUCAUGACAUGAUCCUGGAAUAUAUCGUGUCCAAGUCAAGCGAAGAGAAUUCUAUUACUGUUGUUGGUGGACAUUGGCUGAUGCCAACUCCUAGCAACAAAGUUCGUCGACUCUCCAUAAAAAGCAGUGGUUACAAGCAUGGGAAUUCAACAAAAGGCAUGAACUUGUCUCAAGUGCGGUCACUGACAGUGUUUGGAAGCCAGAACAGACGGCUCCCUUUCCAUUCGUUCAACAAUGAAAUAAUACAAGUGCUCGAUCUUGAGGGAUGGAAGGGUUUGACAGUUAAGCAUAUGAAUGACAUAUGUAAAAUGCUCGUGUUGAAGUAUUUGAGCCUCCGACGAACAGAGGUUUCUGAGGUACCAUCAAAGAUCGAGAAGCUCGAGUAUCUAGAAACUCUUGACAUAAGGGAGACAAAUGUCGGGGUGCUGCCAAAAGCUUUUGGACAGCUCAAACAGCUCCGUAGCAUGCUUGGAGGGAACAAAAACACAAAGAAGGCUUUGAAGUUGCCACAUGAGAAGAACAAGGAGCCGAUGAAAGCACUUCGUAUCUUGUCAGGGAUUGAGAUCGAUGAGGACUCAUCAGUUGUAGCAAGCCUUCCUCAGCUGACAGGGCUAAGGAAACUUGCCAUUUACAAGCUCAAUAUAAGGGAGGCCGCUCAGACCUUCAAACAAUUACGCUCCUCCAUUGAGUACCUCUGUAGCUGCGGUCUGCUGACAUUGGCAAUCAAUGAUGAGAUCUCUAAUUUUAUCAACUCACUAGACACCAUGACCACUCCUCCAAGAUACAUCAUCGGCCUAGAGUUGUCUGGCAAGAUGGAAAGGCCCCCAAAGUGGAUCAAAGAACUCAAUAACCUCUAUAAGAUGACCCUUUCUGUGACAGUUCUUCGGACUGAUACUUUCAAGCUCAUCCAGGACCUGCCCAAAUUGUUUACGCUCACCUUUACACUCAGUGCAGCCAAGGAUGAUAGGGACAUAGUGGACAUUCUUGAGGAAAAUAAACAGCUUACCGACAGGGAGAUCAUUAUUCCACCUGGAGGAUUCAAGAGUCUAAAGCUGCUUCGGUUCUUUGCAACUAUGGUGCCAAGGCUGAGCUUUGCAGUUACAGGAAGAGAGGUCAUGCCAGCACUGGAGAGGAUUGAUAUGCGGUUUGAAGCCUUUGAAGGGAUUUACGGCAUUGAGACUCUCAAGAGCCUCCAAGAGGUGCAUCUCAGUAUUGGUAAUCAAGCAGAUGAAAUAACCAAGUUCUUGGUACAAGAUUUGAAGGACACCCCCAAGUACUUGGAUGAAAAGUACGCCAACAAGUGGCCAAAGAUAAUCACCGAGUGA